UCCCAAAAUUUCAUGGAGGAAAAAAAAAGAUAACCCAACCUAGCCAACCGCCAAAUGAGUUCAAAUUUUCAAUUCAAAAUCGAUAUAGUACUCCUAAAUGCGCCGUCUUAAAAUACGUAUUCAAUUAUAUAUUUAAUAAUUUCCGUGAUUUUACAUUUUAUUGUUGUGUCUUGUAACGGUUUUUGCGAGACGUUUUUUCCAGUUUCCCACCAUCACGAUUCACGAUGUACGAGCUACGAAUUACGAACGACCAACGAGCAAUGAUGAACGAGUAACGAGGACUCGCCAUACAGCAUCUGGACUUAGUACAACUGCACAACUCUCGUGCGAUUUUCGCAUUUUUGUGAACUGAGUCCUGUUUACCAUUGUUUGCCGUUUACGCCUUUUAUUGUCGUUGUUUAAAAUUUUGACCAUAGUUCAUACCGCCGACUCUGUUCGUGCUUUCGCACGUGUUUUUUUGCAAAUUUGACUAUCUGUGCUGCCGCACGUCGUUCUAAAACUGACCAUAGGUCAUACCACCUAAAUUUAAAAUUUCGACUAACUUCGUUAGGUUGUCUAGGUGUCUAGGUGUCUUUGGUUGUUACUUGUUCAGUACAUUUUGUUUUUGUGUUUGAUUUUUUUCGUUUUAUUUUUCCUACCUACUUUUGGCGGUUCAUCCAAUUAUCUUUGCAAUAACUAAUAUUACUAUAAAUGUAACUAUUCCUUUUUUUUUGUAUUUUUUGUGUACUCAUUCUAGUUUUAUAUUAAUAAUGAUGAACAACGACGAAAUAAUUGCUCUCCCAGAUCAUUUGGUGGACCACGACUACUUCUUGCCAGUUGUAUCUGAAGUUGAUCAUACAGUGCAUGAAGAAGAAGUAGUCGAAGAAGAAGAGGAAGAGGAACAAAUUGUUGAAGUGUCGGAAACAUAUACAUUAAUUCCUGGAGUUCAUAACAGAUCAAGGAUAUAUGUUGACAACUUGGGAUUCAAGUAUUACAAACGACAAGUCCGAGGACACCGCGUGUAUUUAGUAUGCGAACGGCAAAAGAAACGAAACCAGUACUGCCCUUCCACUGCAACUGUUAGUACAAAUUUGAAUGACAAUAGAAUUCAUCUAGGGUACUACCACGAUCACCAGCCUGGAGUGAUUGAUCUGAAUGUGCCAUUUUUGAGAGAAACCAUUGGUGAAAAGGGAAUUGAUCCAGCAGUUACAACCCCAUUUAUGAGAACUUUGUACAAUAAUGAAAUUAUCAACCAUCCAGAAGCAGCUCCCAAUUACACAUUUAUUCAGGCUCAAGAGCGAGUGAAAAAGAUGAGACGUCGAAGAUUUCCAAGACAACCCCUUGACAUUGGGUAACUUGCAAUUGCACUGAAUGAAGCACAUAAUGCCAUUUACGCUUCUACAGUUCAAAAUCCCCUAUCCAGGCAACGGACCUUGGGAGCUGUCAGUGUAUAACUCAAAAACGAAUAACCGUUAGUACUUGCAUUUUCACAAAAUUAUUAUGUUAACAUUUUUGAGUUAUUUUGGACAUUUAAAUUUUUUUAGUUUUUUUAACAACUUUUUUAGGGGCCAAGUGUUGCUUGGGCAACUCUUUAAAUAUGGGUGAAAGGGUAUUGAAAUAUUUAUGAAAAAAUAGGUCGGUAUAACAGUAUUAUGAAGUGUAGGUCACCAAAAAUUAUUUGAGCAACACCAAUUUUUUUUAUAUUACACACCACUGCUUGUAAGCAGGGUUGGACAAGUUUGAAGAUACUCAAUUUAUUGUAACUCUAAAAAUGUAUAACUAGUUACAAGAUACUAGAUACAUCAUACAUCAAUGUUGUGUAAAUGGAUAAAAGUUACAUUUAAAGUUAACAUUGAUACAUAAUAUAUGUUUGUAUUUA